AUGGUCCCUUAUGAUCUUUUAGGCAUGUCAUUCAAUUUGGUCAUCCUUUUCUUGAUGAACUUUCUGAAAGUAAUCUGUUCAUCUGGAAAGAACAAGAUUUUCAUCGAUUGUCUAUUCCCGGGCUACAGAAAUGAUCGCUAUGGUUUCAAAGCAGCUAUAGAACUCGCAACGGAAAUGAUCAAUAAUCGAAGUGAUAUUUUGCCAGAUUAUGAAUUUGUCAUGCGGUACCAAAACACUUAUGUGAGUAUAAAAUUACGUUACUGAGUAUAUGUCGCUAUAUAUGUGAGUUCGUAAAAUAUUGUGCUUAAUCACAAAAUGGCCGAUAAAAAUUGUCUAAAACUGAUAAAGUUACUAUUUAGCUCCAUAUUGUUAGACAGUUAUUAAAGAAAGUAUAUAUCUUAUUUAAAACACCAUCUGUACAAAGAGCAACAAUUUUUAACAAAGAAGAACUUAUCACGAAGCAAGAACUUUUCACGAAAUUAGAGACUUCCUAUGGCAACAAUACCCUUUGAAUAACGAAUGCUUCGGUUAAAUAAUUUAAUUCAAAAAGUCUUCGGUGACAACAUUAUUAAAUUUCAGAAAAUGCAUUCUCUUAGUAUAUUUAAUUGAUGUAAUGAUAUUUAAAAAUCCAGUUGAGCCAUAAAAUAUGAUUACGAAUAAUUAUAUUUGUAACGGAACUCUUCGUAAAUUAAUUUGAAAAUGUUGGGAUCGACAGAAUACUUCUUUUUUUAAUUGAAGUGACGCUUGAGUGGAGUACACAUUUAAGCACGAAAUGCUUCGGAUUUUGGGAUUAAUAUUUAUUUUAUUUUGAUUAAUCUGAAAUUGAACAAUAACUGAAAGAUAUGUAAAAAGUCAUGUUUAAUUACAUAUUCUUAAAAUGAGGCCUACUCUGGGGCGGUAAAUCGCCUUAAAUCGCUGCGAUAUAAUGCGAUUUUGGGCGAUUUUAGGCGAUUUAAGGAAAAACUGGGACUUUCAAGCACUGCGAUUUAGUACGAUUUAAGAAAAAAAUUUUAAUUUUAGUGAUUGCAAUUUAGGUGUUUUCAAAGGAAUUGAAUUCUAUAUUUUGCUCCGGUUUCCUCCCACAGGGCAAAAUUGGCAGGGUGGGUUAGGAUAAACACAGUUAGGAAGGUGAUAUCAUAUCCUCAUUGUUGUAAAGAUAAAUAGUCUAGGCUAACAUAAGUAAUCAUAGUACUUGAUGUAAUCGAUCACUGAAAAGCCACAAUGUGGGGAGUGAGCUGAAUAAUAAUGUAAUGUUUCCACACACAUAUGCAUUGUAUGAAGCAAAAUACAAUUAUUAGAACAUGUAUGUACAUUUUAUAUAAAGCUAGGUUAACUAUUGUAUUUAACCUGAUUCACAUAUAAAGCUCAAUAUUCAUGAACUUUUCACCCAUUCUCUAUUUAGAAGCCAUUGGGGUUCAUCUUGGGGGUCAUAGCAGGGUGUUAGCUAGCCCAUAUGCUGUCCGUUUGACGGACUCUUCCCAAUUGAGGGCUUUCCCAACUGGGUCUACUGGAAAACUAGCACGUGUCCCCCAAAAUUUUAACGGUCGGGCAAAAAUCAAUGCGAAAUUGGUCGAAAUUGGGGAAAUUUUUAAAUUUCAAUAUUCUGUGAAAAAUUUUCGAAUUUGGCGGAAAUUACGGAAUAUUUCUUUGAUAUCUCCUGAAAAUUUUUUUUGGUGACCCCCCACCCCCCCCCCCGCUCGCCAAGAAUUUUGGGAAAAAUAUUCAGCUAAGUCCAGUUAAAACUUUCCCAAUUUACGUUUAACGGACAAAAUUUUUUUUCUGGCUAACACCCUGCAUAGCUACAUUUAUAUACACCACAAAUAUUGUAAACAGUUAAUAUACUCUACUUAAGGGGCAUGCACUACACAUAUCGAGUUAAAAUUGCAAAAUAUAAUAAAUAUUUGAUUUCCAAAAAAAUCACAAGGGGUAGGGGGUAGAAACAUACAAUGUAUUUGUACAGUAUAACUGAAUAGGCUAUAAUCCCAUAAUUUACCUUGUCACCUUGUAAGUGAAAUUGUCUUGUUUUGUAUCAUGUCAAAACUUCUUUAUUUAGCUUGCAUUUUAUUUAAACUGUUUCAAUCUCGUGCUUUCUUCAUGCUACAAACAUAUUUAUAAAUUUUUUGAUAUCUACAUCAUAUGAUAUCCCAGUGCCAUAUCCAGAAACAGUAUCGUCACGCAUUCGGAAACUGUCGGCGUAUUGCCGUAAUGCUUAAAUUACAUGAAGUAUAUCGUAUAUAAAUGGUAGGAAUUCUAAAUUAUUUUAAAAUUAAAACCAAAAUAGUACAGUGUUAAUUGUUAAACAAAUGGCGCACUACAUGGUGGUUUUAGGUUCUGCAAACAAACAACACCAAAAUAUCUAUUGUAUGGUAUGUAAGAUGUAAUCAUUGUUUUACUGUUUAUUGUAUAUACAGGUCUGGAAAAUUUAAUAGACGAGAGUUGCAAAUCGCUCAUAACCUCACGUAUAUUUUUCGUUUGAUAGCCACUAUAGUUAUAACUAGGAGCUAGAGUAUAACCAUGCACAUGUCGAAGUACAACCAUUGUAUACAAUGCAGUGCUCGAUCUUACAUGCAACAGUGCACAAAUUACAGGAUGACUUUAUUAUAUAAAUCAACACUCGUACUCAUUGACUUUCGUAGUUUCCUACUGUUGUUCUAAUUAAAGCCUGGUUCACAUAUGUCUGCGAUGUGGCGGCGGGCUAUUGUCUUAGCAGUUCAACCAAAUAAUUCACAAAAGAAUGCAUCAACAGCUGUAAACAAUGACGUCACAGGCAUAUUGCAGACAUGUGAACCAGGCUUAACAGCAAUGUAGCUAGAUUAUAGAUUAAUUUGUAGCCCAGCCUCCAUAGUCCAUAUAAAUUGUAGCCCAGCCUCCAUUUACACCAAUAAUGAAAUUAGCUCAUUCUGGUAACUAGCUCAAUUUUGUUGCUUGCAGUGUAUCGGAUCUAUGGGUCUUUCAGAUCCCAGAAUUACCUAAUUAUUGUAGAGUCUGCAUAAAGCAGAAAAGGCUCUGUUUUUGUCAAUGACCAGUGCCUAUUGAGUGACCAAAUAUUGUCAGCCUAAUCCACUUAUUUGAUUGCUAAUUCUUGUUGCAUUACUUUCAUUGCAAAGCACCUGGAUUACAUGAUUUGCCCGUAAAAUAGCAGCAAUUGAUAAACUUGAGUACAUGGACUGAAUGUAUCAAGCAGAAUGCAUGUUGGCGAUUUUAAGCGAUCUUAGGCGAUUUUAGGCGAUUUAGGAGAAAUUCGACAAUUUUAACCCGCGAUUUAGUGCGAUUUUAGGCGAUUUAGGGCGAUUUAAGGCGAUUUACCGCCCCAGAGUAGGCCUUAAAAUGGUAAUAAAAGUUUUAAUUAAAACAGUUCUCAGUAAGAUCAACGUAUGUUUGAGGUGGUCUGUUGUCAUUGGUAGAAACUCUAGUUUGAUACACAAUGGACUCGACCAAAAAUAUUUUGGACAUUGGGAACUCUUCAUUCUUCCUACGGUUGCAUGCAUUCUUCGCCCGUUGUGGCGGUUUCCGACAGUUUGGUCUUGUUGUGUCCGCCGAUGGCUUUUUAAUAUUGGACAUACAACUGCAUGUAGCUUAUUUUAACGAUGUUGCGGUUGGAUUGAAUAUUUUGUGUGAGGGGUGGCCAGCAGAGAAUUCAUCAUCGAUGAUAUUCAAAAAUGUUUGUCCAAUAUUUGUUGAUACAUUUUUACUAAAUUGUGGAUUGUAAUAAUUGUGUCGCUUUGUUUGUGAUGUUACACUGAGUGUAUAUCCACAGCGGGCGAGCUUGAGAAAUAUGCCCGGCCACGGUGGCAAUCGAACCUACGACCUUUGGAAUACUAGCCCAAUGCUCUUCCAACUGAGCUACGCUGUCAGGUUGGUUCGAGUAAGUGAUAUUUCGGAACAGAAUCUAGUUCCUUCGAUACCAAUGUAAUCUAGUAGAUCUAAUAUGAUUUUUCUGUGUUGGUGUUGUGCACUCAGGUGAAUAUGAUGUUUGUGAUGUUAAUAGCUCUGAGUGUAUAUCCACACCGGGCGAGCUUGAAAAAUGUGCCCGGACACGGUGAGAAUCGGGAACCGUUUUUGUCAGCUUCCAGUAAGCAAACUUUCUCUUCAAGGAACAGAUUGCAUCUUGCUGCACCAGCCGUCAAAGGUGGGUUGACUACAAUAUUUUCGUAGUUGGCUAUAACUACAGCUACUUCAAAAAUAUGUAGUCAGCUACAGCUACUGCUACUUUUGAACAAAGAUAGUUCGCUACUGACUACAGCUACUGCUUAAAAAAUGUAGGGAACUAUUUCGCUAUUUCGCUAAUUUUUUUUUUUAGUUUUACUGCAUUUGGAGCAUCUACUAUUAACUCGGUGAUCGCUAGAUAGUAUACUUCAAAAUAAGGUUUCCGUUUUUGUAAUGUAGAAAAAAACUAUCCUAACGCAAAACUAAACCCUAACCCUAAUACUAAACCCUCACCCUAACACCAACCUCACCCUAACACCAACCUAACCCUAACUUUUUUAAAAAUUGAUAUAAAAACGGAAACCUUAUUUUCAAGUAUACUAUCUAGCAAUUGCCCUAUUAACUCGCGCUGUAAUGUAACCUAUAACAAAUCGACUUACGAGUAGAAACAGACAACAGUAAACACAAAUAACAUUUUUGUAAGCACUACAGUGUUCAGGAGUGCAAAUUGACUAUUGAGUAUUGAUUUUAAGCAGACCGUGUCUCAAUAUCAUGUUAUUCUAUCAAGUUGCUAACAAUUUUAAAAAGUAGCGAAUAGCGAUUCGCCGUUUGAAAAGUAGCCAACUACUUGGCUACUUUUAGGCAAAAUGUAGUUCGCUAUAACUACAGCUACUGUUUUAAAAAAGUAGUAAAAAACUACUGGCUACUUGAAAAUUGUAGUUCGCUACAGUAGCGAACUACAACUACUUCGCUACUACCCACCCUUGCCAGCCGUAUACGCACGGGCACGUAAGCUUUAGUAUGCUCUACUUGAUGUUGUAUUAUUGCCGCUUUUCUUGAGCUUCCACGCAUACUUCAAUAAUUCUGUUUCCGCUGAAUACCGAGGAACAUUUAGUGAUUUAAUUCGUAAGGUUUAGGGGGUGUUUAAACUGUAGCUUGUGGUUAUAACCACUUUUGUCAAGGGCUUGCUGAUAUGGCAGGGAGGCUUGUUCGAAUGAAUCUUGAUCAGAGGAUAUCUCGGUUAGUCGUUUGUUAAUGGAUAAUGGAAUAUUACGCAGAACACUGGGUGGGUGGUUAGACUUGCUAUGCACAUAAGGAGGUGUGUUAUUAGGCUUAGAGUACUGUCUGGAUGAUAUUUCCCAGUGGUUAGAUUUAGUGUCACGUCACACAAAAUCUAUAACAACUGGUAAAUAUCAUCCAUACUCUAAGCCUAAUAACACACCUCUUUCCUACACACUCCAGUACAUUUUCAUCUUAACAUAUUAGGGAGUGUACAAUUACACAAUAUAUAUAUACAAAUACACAAUAUAUAUAUAUAUAUAUAUAUAUAUAUAUAUAUAUAUAUAUAUAUUUAUAUAUGAAGCCAGAGUUGCCUGGACCGGCAACGGCAACGGACCUGGACCUGCAACGGCAAAGGACCUGGACCUGAAAUUGCAUGAAACUCUGAGUAGCAACAUAUACAAUUUUUAAGAUUAAAUAUGUACCAUUUGAAACACGAGUAGGAGUGUUUUAUCAGAUAUAAAACGCGAGGCGCAGCCGAGCGUUUUAUAUCUGAUAAAACACGACAACGAGUGUUUUGAAUAGUUUAAAAUACAACUACAAAAGAAUACUAAUUAGGAUGAACCAUUAUAUAAUUAUUGUAAUUAGGAUGAACAAUUAUAUAAUGCCACAUAUGUUUUAUCAGCCAUAUAUUAUUUAUUGCCACAAGGUUUAUGAAUUAUUAAUGAGUAUUUUAAUUAUAUAUAUAUAUAUAUAUAUAUAUAUAUAUAUAUAUAUAUAUAUAUAUAUAUAUAUAUAUAUAUAUAUAUAUAUAUAUAUAUAUAUAUAGGAUAGUAUUAUAGGAACUGCCGAUUCGAGACAGAAAUUGAUCUCGAAUAAGCAGUUCCAACGCUAUUUUGAUGUACCAAUUUUUUUGUUAUAAGUCUACUGAAACGGCUGUUCUAGAGCCAUUCUGAGCACGUUUUUGUUAUACUUAUUCUGGAGCAGUGGGAUCGCUUUAGCGGUCACGCUCCUCCCAUGUGAGCCUCAUAUUAGCUAUUGUACGGGUAAUCCUACACUUCUCCAAUAUCGUCCAAUUUCCCUAUUCUAGAGCCUCUUCGCUAACUUUCAAAUUACCCUUGUGGGUACACAAGGAGGUAUGUCCCUGUAGUCCGGAUACAUCAUUGACAUCAUGAUCUUUACCCUGUGUAGUCACCUCAACCUCGACUUUGUAUGUUUUUAUUAACGUAAGCAUAACUGGUGACUCCAUCUUCCAAGAAGUACCUCUUAUCAUCAAAGCAACUCAGAGUGACCUUCCUCAUUUCAUACGUUCCAAUUGAAUGUUUGGUGCUCCUGAUCGUGUUCAUAUUGUGUCUCAUCCUACCUCGACUACUGAUUACAUUCUUGAAGUUCUCAUCUGUGAGCUUAUUCCUAACAACAUACUUCUUAACCCCUUUAGCCGUCAUUCCACCCUUACCGUUCUCUUUCACGUAUGAGUACAUCUUCGACCUUAACCCCACAAACUCAUUUAUUGGUACACCUCCAGCCUAAUCCUUAAACUUACCUAUGACCUUGUUGUUGUGAGUUGAAUGGUAGGGACUAUCCUUCGGGUAAUCUGAAUUAUCCCAACAAUCUUUCUCAUCACCGAUCCUCUUGAAGUCCUCAUAGACGUCAUUCGUCUUCAGUUCGUACAUGAGACUGUCAGUAUCGGUAAACAGUAACUUUGCCCUUUCACCAUACUCCUUCUUAAUUGUGUUGUAGUGAAAAUCAUAUAUGAGCGUUUUGGACAGGUCAAGUAUACUCAUCCCCACAUAGCACGGCUUGUUGAGCGUCAGUACCUCUUUUAUUCUUUUUACCACAAUGAGAUUCUCAUUCAUGAUCCUAUGAGAUUGGAAGCACGGUGAGGCCACCAAUUUCACGAGAUCGUCUUUGGAUGACACUAUCUUGACAUCAACACGUUUCCUGAGAUUUUCCAUUGUCUUACCAUAUAUGGAGUUGUUCAUCAACUUGAAGAAGUUCUUUUCGAAUGUAUUUUUAACAGUUGAUCGCAUCUUCGUAUUGAAGUCUAUGUAGUUCUUAAGCCAACAGGACUGUUUGAAAGUAACCGCUCUAUGUACCCUAGUCAGUUUCAUUCUAAGGUCAGUGUACAGUUUUAGAUUGCGUACAUGUAACACGUACUUCUCCCUGGGCCCCAAUGAGGUGAUUAUUUUUCUUACACCUCCAAUUGUCAACUUGAACUUAUCAGCAAUAUUCUUCGCAUAGUCUGACAACAUAGACGCAUCUAUUUCCUUGCUUUCUGGGGCCAGAGGAUAAUCGUUAUGUAAGUCGUGAAGUUUGUCUGGAUAUUCAAGGUCAACCUCUAAAACCAUCCCCCUACCAUCGUCACCCAAAUAGUCUUCCAGCCUUAUACUGGAAACGUCCUCGACCCACUCGAACUCUCCAUUAGGCAGUGGUUGUGAUAUUGCCCAGCCAUAUAAAUUGUUGGCAUCUAGGUACAUAAGGAACUUACUCUCAUCCUCCUCGUUGUACAUCUCCAUGUACUUAUUAUUCGCUGUUGAGUGUCUGUGUGCAAUAUAACUGGUGCCACCUCUCAUUCCCUUUUCAAAGAACUGCAACAUGUCCAUAUCACUUACCAGCUCAAUAUGCUCACCUGACUUUUUCAGGAAAGCGUCCCAACUAAGCCUGGGAGCUGACAAGUAAUGUGCAGGGUCAAAUUCGUAGUUCUCCAGGCAAGUCCUCCUGAAGUUCUCAAACACAUCAGCCAACAGAAGAAUGUCAGUCUCCAGGUAGAAAUCAUGGUAAUCAUUCAUCGUCUUUAUCUUAAAGUGGUCCCUCACAUUCUGCGCUCUCUGGUAAUCUUCCUCCUUCACCCCCGACUCAUACAGUGAAGAGUAGAACUUAUCUUUGCUCGGUAGACACACCGUACUCAGUUUGCUAAUAUCAUCUAGGAACUCGUAGGGGAACACUCCUUUUUGUGACACCAGAUUGAAAUCCCCACCCUUCCACCUCUUACCUACUAUCCUAAAGUCCUCAGGUGAAAGGUUGCUUACAAGGUCUUCCAGCGAAGAAGCCAUUAACUGUAUAGAGUCUAUGAAGACUAGAUUUCUGCCUAGUGAGAAUGAUAUGUAUUCUUCCAUAUUAUUUGGAAUCACGUUGACGUCCAUCUUAAACUUACCUAUUUCCUGCAUAAUCAGAUGGCUAUCAUAACCUCUCAGAUUGUGGAAGACCACUGGCACUUUCCAUGUAAUUCUAUACUUCAGGCUACAUAUGUUAUGAACCGCUCCACGGUACAUUCCAGUCACAUGAUCAUGGUCUCUCAUUCUGUCUUCACCUAACUCUUUACUACAUAUGGAACAGUCGUUUGCAGCUUGAAAUUCCACUUCCUGUUCAGGUGUAAUUACCAUCUUCUUUUUUAAUAUUUUGUCAACCAUCUGUCUACAUCUGAACGACUACCUUAGUACAGUCUUGAAGAAGACAAAUGCAGCGUCAUUUCCGAUGUAGCUCUUAUACUCACCCGAGUACUUAUCAUCAUAGUGGCACACUGUUUUAAGCCCAAAACUGCAAGCCUUGUGGGUCUGGUAAAGGGUAGUACAACUUUCGUCCUCACUACUCUUCGACCCACUCCUUUCCUCCUCAGGCACAAGUAUGGACCCGAAAUCAGCGUAUAUCACAAACGGCACAGGCAUUGAGUUCCUAUGAUUUUUGAACUUAAUUUUUGUCCAUUCCUUGGGAAGUUGUGUUGCCUGAACUCCAUUUACCUGUACGCACGUCUCCGUAUGCUUUUUCAGUGCAUCUUCACUUGUACAGUUGUGAAGACAGUGUAGACAGAAGUGCUGCUUAUGCCCAUGUUUACUCACACUGUUCUGCAUUCUAUUCACAUCCUUUAUGAGCACAUAAUGUAGGCCACCUUCGCUGUCCCCUUGUAGAAGCAGUUCCAUGUGAUCAUCAUAUUCACUCUUAGAGAUCCUUAUGGGGUAGAACUGUUUUCUUCCCUUGUAGCCGAACACAGAGAUGUUUAUCUUAUUUUUCCUCUCAAUUUUGUCAAUAUCACUUAUCUUUACAGGGAACUCAAUACCUUCGUAAUCACGGCUUAACUCGAAGUCCCUGUCCUCCUGUGUAAUAGGAGUUGCCCUUCUAGCGUUCGGUCUAAGGUGUCUUACAUGGCUACACACAAAGCACAUAUUAUCAUCGUUCCUCAUGUUUAGCAAGCCACACUUGCAAUUACUAAUGUCAAUAGGAAGUUUUAUAUAUGAGCUCCCCGCCAACGGUUUGUACAUCGCAAUGUUAACAUAGUGGCUUUCAAUAUUUAGUAUGAUCCAGUUGCUGCCUAGGUUUUGGAAAGUCUCAAUUCCAGAAAGAAUGGUCAGUUGGUUGGUGGCAGCUGUGUUUUCACUAUCUUCGCAGUUCGUCACAGUUCCUGUCUUAGACUUGAAGUAAAUCGAGUCCUUCUUUGUUUUUCCAUCACCGACUUCCUUUGACAUUCACACCUUGAUGGUCUCUGUGUACUUCAAACCAUCCAUUCUCUUCAACUCGUUAAUUAACAAGUAUACUUCUCACUACCUGUCUACUUGCAGUCAUCUGCUCCAGCGGAUCCAUGUACUGUGGAGUUACCAUGUACGUCCCAGCGGCCCCGUUAGCUGCCGUCUCAAUUUUCCUAUGACCGGGCUUGUGGAGGUCAAAUGGAUCGAUUUCAUGUAACUCUGGAGUAAUCACUUGAGACUGCUCCUUGACUUCCUUCAACUGCUUUACAGGCUUACGGAUCUUUGCUGGUUUUGUCUUCCUUGGUAAAGGUACAGGUCUUUCUUUAGGAAGCUUAGUUCUGGGUUUCGAUACAGGUCUUUCCCUUGGAAGUACCGUUCUAGGCUUAGGCGUAGGUCUCCAUGAAGGUACACCCUUAGGUAUCUCCGGAGCCUUUCUCGUUGGUCUUCCCUUAUUAAGAUCCACAGCUAUGUUGUACUUACCGGGACCCACUUUAGUCACAACACUAUCAGCGGGUAUUACAGGUCUUACAGUCAUUUGUGAAAUGAAUCUAUCGGCUACUGUUUGCUUCUUCUUGGGUGGAACUUCAACCUUUUCCUUGGGGGUCUACCUCUCUUCUUAGGCACCUUGACUUCCUCAUCAGUCUUAGCCUUUGGAGGUCUACCUCUUUUCUUGGGAACCUUCACUUCUUCAUCAAACUUUUCCUUGGCGGGUCUACCUCUCUUUUUCGGCACCUUGACUUCCUCGUCAGUCUUAGCCUUUGGUGGUCUAUCUCUCUUCUUAAGCACCUUUGGGUUUCUCUCAGCCUUUAUCUUCUCAACAUCUGCCUUAAUGAGGGCAUUGUCAGUAUACGACAAUCCUCCCGUUGUUUCGGGCAAUCCUGGUGUUCCCUUCAGCCGCCCAAAUGCUUCUUCAAUCAGAGCUGCCUUUUCCUGUUGUCUCUUGGAGUACUUCCAUUGUGGUGCCGUGCCUCUUUUCCCUGUAUAGUUCUUAGGGAUCCUCCGCGAUCUAGGUCUUAUCACAAUGGGCUCUUCCUCUGGCUUCUUACGUUCAAAAUAAGGGUUCUCCAGAAACUUCCCAACAUCCUUUUCGACCUGCUCAUCGUCACUACCCAUGUUCCCUGAGAAGUACUCUCCAAUUGCUAUUAACUCUCCCAUGCUGAUGUUUGACAUAUUGGUGUUUUUAACUGAACUCAUUUCCAGACUUUUCCUCUAUACUAUAUAUGUCAAAAAAAAUUGAGGGUAUUUAAUUAAUAAUUAAUUUUGAAUUUAUUUAUAUUUAAUUUAUUUAUUGUUUAAUUAUAUUUAAUUUAUUUAUUGUUUAAUUAUAUUUAAUUUAUUUAUUGUUUAAUUAUAUUUAAUUUAUUAAAUUUAUUAUUUUUCCGAUGGUCGUAAUUUCUGACUCACCACUUAUUAGGGUUACAGUAGAACUAUGACUCUAUAGUUUUCACCGACUGUCACACGCUUAUCAGUUAUAGCGAAGAUGGUCACCGGACCGUUCUUUAUUACAAUGAUCUUGCCGCUGAUACGUGUAACCUUUCUUUCAACAAUUGCCCCCUCCUCAGCUCUACACAGAGUGCAUGUGAAGUGGACAGUGAAGUUCGCCGCUGCCCCAAUGUCUUCUGCUGGUAUUUCCCCUCCAAAGAGUUUUUUAAUUUCGUGCACAUUAGUAACCACUCCGUAAUUACCGUAGCAUUUUCCCUCAACAGUUUCCUUAAGAUUAUUUAAUAUAUUUUUAAAACACAGAGUUUGAUUCGGAGUAAUUACUACAGUUUUUAUUAAAACAUUUUCGGUAUACAUUAUUAAUUUAUUAUAUUAAUAUUUCUUUAAGUGCUUUUAUUUUUCCAGUUAUUAUAAUAUGUACAAUUUUCAGGUUUCCAUCCAAGCUCAACAAAUACAUUUUUCCAUACAGUCUAUCCUCAAGCACGUUCACUAUCUUUUGAGUCUUAAUGUCCUCUGGUGGAUCCCUCAGCUCAAUGUCAUUCAUAGUAGCUAACCUGAGUAGGUAAAACUUGUAUCUAACAAUGUUGCGCCCCCGUUGCAGUCUAAGUCUUUAUAUGCAUCUUACGAUGCUUCUAAACUGCUCCCGUAUCUUAUCCCUAUCCCUGGCUGCAACAUGUUUCAAUAAAUGUCUCUCAAACCAACGAACCCUCUUAAUGCAAGACUUCUUUUUAAGAUAGUCGUCCUUGUUGUAGUUGUAGCUAACAUAGUACGAAAAGUUGUUCAUAUCACAGGUACCACACAUUGUACAUGUAUCUGCCCCGUCUAUCAUUACAAUAGACUUACUUCCACAUUCACUACAUAUCGGGUCAUAUAUGUUUCUCCUCUUUAUCCUCCUUAUCACGUACUUCCGCACAGCUGCCUCUAGUUCUCUCAUUGUAUUUGUCCUUCUACCUACACGUACUAGCUCCUCAAGCGUUACCUCACAUAACCAGUCCAUUCCUCUAUACUAAUAGGUACGGAAAAAAUGUGGUGAAUUUUUACAGAAUUAAAUAAGCCGCCCCAUCUAGUGCUCCACCUGCAAGUAAACCAAAGAGUGCCAUGUAUUCUUCCAUCUCAGGGCUAGGUUUGUAGUGAUUACUCAGAUGCGGCCUCCCCGGCAUAGGCUUACGUGUUAACUCAUUGAUUUUCCUAACUAGUUCCAGUGAUUGGUUCGUUGACUUGAUAUCCCUAUUUGCUUCAGCUAUUUCUUCCCUUAGUUGCGCAAUCUUAUUUCUCCUAUCGGUGACCCCUUCAAGGUACUUCUCUCUUUCUGCUGUGAGGGCCUCCAUAGCCAUGUUAUGUCUUCGCCAUGUAUCCAUAUCUUAUGUCCUAGUCAUGUAUCCAUUCUUGUCAAACAUCUGAAAUAAGUAUCCUGCUCCCGCAAAUGCAAAUGCAUUAAAGAGUCCUCCUGCUACUGCCCCAGCCAUUGUAUAGUUUUACCUAGGUUUUGUUUGGAUCAUCUGGCAGAUACUUCUUUUCUUUCAGGUAAGAAACCAGUAGAAAUGAAAGAGAUACUGAAACAGCUAAUUUUGCCAUUCCUUUUACAUUCUCUGGGGUACCUAAGGGUUCUUUCAACAUUUUCUUUGAUGCCAUUGAUAUACCUACUGCUCCUGCUGUAAGUAACACUACGUCGUACACUUCCCAAGUCAUCUUUGAUUCUUUACUCAUCUUGCUAUAAUAUAUGGUAUGUUUAGUGUGUCACUCUAGUGUGUCCAGUUUGUAUUCAUCAGGUUGUCUCACUAUUGUUACCGUUGGUGGUGUAUACUUAGGUUCCAAUGCUUUCUCUUCCCUCUGGUGUGACUUGUAUGCUAGCACAAGAGAUACCAAUGCAAUAGCUCCCCCUAUGUAGGUGAUCGUGUUGUUACCACUAGAUGACUCGUUCGAUUCCGCUUGUUUCUUCUUCCUCUCCCUUGCUGCCUUACUGAGGACCGCUAGUCGUUUCCCUGCCUCUACUCUUCUAGGGUCCUUCUUCUUUUCACUUGUUACGGGGACUUGCUCUGUGUUAGGUUCGUCAUCCAUCCUAUAUAUGAAUACCUUAGGUUUAACUACAUAGAUGGCUACAUAGAUAUCUACAUAGAUGUCUACAUAGAUGUCUACAUAGAUGCUCACCCUGAGGGGAUUGCUUAAAAAACGCCCGACAAAUAUUGCCGAGCAUCUUUUAAGUUUCUCUUCCUAUCCCAACAUGUCACCAUCCUAUCCCAACAUGUCACCAUCCUAGUACUUGUGACCUGUAAACUUAGGUCGAUGGAAUGCAGUUGCUUCGCUAAGUUUCUGCUUAAGUAUGUUACACUGCUUUGUAAGGUUUGCCUUUUCUUUCUUAUGUUUCGCUGUUACGUCUACCCUGAAGUACUCAUCUAUUCUUAGCACUAUGUCUGUGUAGUCAUUGGAUAUCAGUGUUUUGUGCCCCCUUUCGCGUAGCAACUUUAGCCAUGUGACUUGAUUGGCUCUAAUAUCACCGGUACCCUUAGGGGUCUUAAGCUCAAUGGCAAAUCCAUUGUAGCCAUUCAUUGGAUUCGUUAUUAUGAGAUCAGUUUGUCCUCCUAUGUAGCCCUUACGAUAAGCGUCAAUUCUACGUUGAACAGUAUCUUGGUACUCAUCUAGUCCCGCUACAAUGAGUACGUCCGGGUGGGAUCUCCUGAUGUACCUAACUACUGCAUAAUGGAGGUCAGUUUCACCGAGUAGCUUCAACUGUUUGCCGUAAAGGGGCUUCUGACUAGGUAACUCGUAUGACCCCGUCUUGCGUAUAGAUGGAAGUAUAUCCCUGAAUACCCAGUCCUGAAAGGCCUCUGCUAUCGGAAGUCUUGAGCUGCAAACUAGCUGAUACAGACCCGGUUCAUACAGUAAAACCGUAUCAGGAUGGCUCUUUAGCAAGGGGGACAAAUCGCCCCCCUUAAUCUCUCCUACAGUUGUUCUAUUCUUCUUCCACACAUGUGUUCUAACAGCUUUUUUCGGGUCUGAGUAUCCCAGCGAUUCUGCCACAUCUUUUGCACAGAACAGUACCUCCUCACCUCUCCUCACUGUUCUUACACUCACGUUAAGUUCUUUGUUUUCAAACAAUUUUUCCAUCCCAUCUUUACCCACUAUUGAAGAAAACAUCUUGCACUUUCUCUAUACUAUAUGUGUCAAAAAUUUUCAUUGCAUUUCAUUAAGAUUUUUGUAUAUAUUUAUAACUGUUUUUACAGUGUCGGUUUUAAAUGCUUCGAAGUCAUACUUGAGGGCCUCAACAGUCUUCUCCGAUUCCUCAAUCCUCUCCCUGUUCUCCUUAGUCUUCUCAAUCAGUUCGUUAAUUAUGUCUUCGAACUCUGUUCCUUCCCAGGGAUUUCCCCACUCGUAUGGCUCUCCGAGUUGUGGCAUUCUGUAUGUAAUAAGGCAGGUUUAGGCCCAUGGUUAACUACAUGUUUUGCCGUUGUGCAGCCCCCAGAGAGUAGCCCAAUGAAUGGGAUGCUAGGUGAUAUGGAUCUUGUUAGGUAUGCCACAUCAUCCUUUAGAAGCUUGUCACUGAGUAGUUACUCUGACAGUUUAUCUGAUGAUUCCACUGCAUUGAGGCUUCCUAGUACUGACGCAAACUUUGGGAUAAUGAGUGUAGAUAGGAAGUCAACCGCAAAUGAUAUUCUCUCUUCCUCAUAGUCAUGGUACAGUUUUUCUACAACUCCCUUGUUUGCUUUCCUUAUGAAGCUUGCGGAUUUCCUUACAGUGCCGUCCUUGGAUAGUUCAAUAAGUUUCUCCCUUUUCUGUUCAGUUUGCGACUUACUUGCGGUGGGCUUCUUCUUGGGUUGCAGUUUUGCGGCUUCUUCCACAUCUCUAAGUGCGGCUUCAAAUAAUUCAUCCUCAGAUUCUGCGGUAGCCAUCUAUAUGUUACGCGGUGUUUAGUGGAGAGUGUAAGUGUAAGGGUGGACAAGUAGUAUAUCCAGUGCAGUGAACUUUUCAUCUCUCAGUAUCCUCGUGAUUUCUGUGAUUGUCUCCUGUGGUACACCAUUCAGGUAAUCAUCCGUUAUGAUGUUCAUGUCUUUGCGACUGGGAUUGUAGAAUGUAACUAGCCUGGAGAUGUUCUCUCUGAAGGGCUUCGCUACUGAGGGCAACUGUUGGGUAAGUACAAUGACAGAUAGGUUGUACUGUUUUGCGGAGAAUGCUAAGCGCACCAGUUCUGAGACUCUUUUCUUUACAGCUUGACUUGCCGCACAAUCGUCCACUAUGAUGAGAGUGUUAGUUCCGCGGAAUAUGGUGGAUACCGCCUGGAGAACAGGGUUGAUCAUCUCUUGUGAACAGGGAAUUUGAAUAACACCGUGAUCACUAAGGUGGCUCCAGUUGAGAUCAGUUGUAUUCCAUUCUAUUGUCGGGCAUACAAUGAUAAUGUAGUCGAAAACUCUAUUGUACUCUGUCUCUAGCAUGUCAAGGAAAAACUGGGUUUUGCCACUCCCUGUCAUACCAACUAUAAGCAUGUUGAUCGGCGGUUGAGGUUGCAUCUCUAUGUGUUACGAUUAGUAUUGAAUACUUGAGAGAUCUCUAUUGGCAAAGUUGAGGAGAGCAUCUGAUACAACAAAGAUGUUGCAUUGAACGUCAGCUGUUGUGGCUCUCUUUUGAUUUCCAGGAGUACGCCAGACUGUGUGUUAACUAUCUUCUUACCACCCCCAGUGCUAUCAUCUUGUGUUGAACUAAGAUCGAUCACUAGAGCGAAACCAUUGCUGAAGAACUUGCUGAUCGACAUAAACUCGUCAGCCAUUGAUUUCUCGCACAUUGGGCAAAAGAAUCGCUUUGCCUCUUCGAAGAACCUGUUUUUGGGAAGAUCUUGGGAGAAUACAGCAUUUGGCACACCCUUAAUGGUUACAUUGACUUUAUCAAUGUUUGGGUAAAUGUAUUCUUCAGAAUCAGUUCUCACUCUGUUGGUAAAUAGGAAGACAAUUGCUGACAUGCUCUCAUUGAUGUUCUCAUUGACAAUGGUAAGAUCUUUGUCCCAGUUACUCGUACGCAUCAGUGUGACGUGUUUGUAGGACAGUGACCGGCCCGUGGAAUACAUCCUUGAGACCUCACUUGCAAGGGUGUCAUUCUCAAUGGUCUCGUAUUCUAACUCGAGUUUGUCCAGUUUGUAUCCAUCUACCUGUUCACCUCUUUGUGCAGUCAUAAUCUCAUCUGCUUGGGGGAGAGUAAGAAUGUACAUAGGGUUGUUAUUCAUAGAGAACGGUACAUAGAGCCCAUGAUCUGCAAUUAUUUUGUCAAUCGGUUUUCUCAGCUUAGAGCCGUAUACACUGUGUAGAAGUGCAUCUGCUACUUCACCGGCGUCACCUAUCUUUACCCUUGAGUCGUCACAUGACAUUAACUUUCGUAAGUUUUCGUUUGCAAGACCUUGUUCGGUCAUCUUUUUUCGGUCACCUAGUGUUAGCCAUAGGUCUUUGUACACUUCGAAUAGACUCUCUCCUGAACAGUCAUAGGUAGUCUCACCGGCUAUCUUCACCUGAAGCCGUUUUGCUAGCAGCUUAGAUAGGUUGUUAUUGAAGCGGCUUUUAGUGUUGGAAUUCUUGAAGUCAAAGAGGGGGGCAAGUAAUCCGGGGAAUAAACAGGAAGAAGGCUUGAGUUUCGGUAUAUUGAUAUAUAACUCUUCCCCAGGACUGAUCGUUGUCGGGUUAAAUGUGACAACACUUCUUGUUCGAGGUCCUUUGAUGUUAGUCAUGCGGCUCCUCCUGAAGCCAGGUUGGAGUUCUCUUUCUGUGGUAUUCAUGCUUGUAUAUAGUAUGUAAUGUUUAGUUGUAUUUGUAUAGUAAAAAUGCUGCUGUACAUGCACAUGCAAUGAUUAUCCAUAUAUUAUCCGCUGCUAACUCUACCCAAUCAGCUAUCUUCUGAAAUACAGGUGGUAGUUCUAUUUGACGGUUUACCAACUCACUGAUCCGUUUAUCGAGCUUUCCUGUUGUGUCACCUACUUUCCACAACAUGUUUCUAGUUGCUGCUAUCAGUCCUAUGAUUACAGAUGCUGAGGAAAUUAGUACAGCAGAUAAUAUGCCUGCAUUCUCUUUUGCCCAUAACCUGAGCCUGUGCAGUCUCCUAUGAUCGUCCCGUCUGAUGAGCUCUCUCUUUUUUACCUUAUCUCUCAAGUUAAACAGCCUGUUUAGAUUUGACUCUCUCUGGUGCUCACCUGAUAGCAUUCUGAUGUAUCUUAGUUCUUCCGACUUUUCUUUGAAACUGUCUUCGUCCAACUCUGAUAGUAUCAUUUCGUUUAAUAGUCUGUCUCCCCUAUCCAUUAGCUCAUCGUAUGGCAGUUUAGUUAGGUUAGGAUACUUUUCCUGCAAUUGCUCCCGCGUAAGGUCCUCGCUCUCAUAUGUUUCCAAUAUCUUUCUCCUCCUCAGUUCUCCUACAUAUGCAAUUUCCUCCUCAAUAUCCAAUGCUUCCUCUGGGGUCUCACUUUCUCUUAGGUCCUUGUUAAGGUACGGUAAUUCGCUAUAUAAAGUUUCUACAUCCAUAUCUUCAUAGUUUGGGUACCUUUCCUUCAACUCCUCCAUCCUCUGGUCAUCGUAUUCCUCUUGGUAUUCCUCCAUAGUUAAUCUACUUUGUGUAAUAGUUGUAUACCAUUAAGGCUGCAGCUACAGCUAGUACCCAUAAGUGUGACGCUAACCAGGUAAUUCCUUUGGCUCCCCAUGAUAGUGCCGAGGCAACUGCGUUCAGGACUGGAACUAGGAUUGGGGCACCCUUUUUAGCUAAGUUGGCUAAUGCCUUUGCUACUUUACCUGUUGCCUUUGCCGCCCCCACAAUUGCACCCCUGGUAUUAACAAGAAGAGUUGUUAUUAAGCCUGCCAAUGAUACUGCUACUCCAGUUAGCCCUACUUUUUCCUUUCCUAUCCAGUCUACGAAUCUGCGUAACCUAGCAAUGUCAUUCAGUUGGUUCUCCCUUGCUUCCUCCAUAGCUCUUUGCUCCAGUGUUCUAUCCCUUGCUUCCUUUAAUCCAUCAAUUCUUUCUAUAAGAGCAUUGUACUCCGUUAGACCUUCCGCAUUAUUUGCACGUUCUACAGUUUCACCAACGGUAUCGUUAAAGUAAUCCGCUUGUAUUUGCAGUGCACCUGAUGGUUCUAUACUGCUUCUCAGAUCUGAUCUUUCCGGUGGGUUAAUUACUCCUCUCAGUUCAUUGUUUUCUGCCAUUGUGAGACCUGGAAUGUUUCCCAGAGUUUCACCUAUGUCUACUAGUUCAAUGUUCUCACGUUCUGCGUAUUCCUCAUCACUGAACACAUUUAGUACCGCUGGAUCACCCUCCUCAGCUGGGGGCUCUUUGAUGUUCCUUACUAGCUCCUUGUAUUCUCUCAGUGCAGGGGAGUCUUUUGAGUAUACCGGUAUGCUCGUCUUCCCACGUUUCAUUAUUUGUGUUCCGCUUUUGUCAAUACCUUGUUCACUUCUAAACAUUAUCACCUCUGUUCCAUCUUUGAGUGUUCUGACAGAUGAUCGUUUGAUGAGUUCCCUGACAUAUUUGUUUCUAGGGUUGAGUACUAUUUUCUCCUUUGUUUGUACAACUCUUGUGACAGCCUGAACACGGUCCACUUGGCUUUCAAAGUUUCUUUUCUUCUUUGCUGUGGAGAACUUUUUCAGUUUACUUAGGCGGUCCUCUAUGUCGGCCCAAUCAGCGUUAAAUGAAUCGUUAAAUGCAUCUAGCACAUCUAGUAAAUCGUUUGGGUCUUCCACGAAGUCGACUCCCGGAACGGUUGUGCUACCCGAGGGCCCUGAGAUGUUCACUGUACCUACUUCUCCUCCGUUAAAGGUUGUCCGUGCUCUCACACGUUCCUCCAUGAGGUUCUUUACAUAGCUGAGUUCAUUGUUAAGGUCAGUGGCUACCAAUGGAUCUGAACCGUACCUUACCUCCUUAUUUAACCUACUUGUUAGUUCAUCAAAGUUUGUAACCAGAUCGUUGUAGUUAAUGUCAUCAUACUGAUGAUAACUUUUUUGUCCCUCCUCCAACUCGUAGUCAUCUAUGUCCUCCAUAAUACUGUAACCUAUGUUAGGGACUUUAUGUCUCCAGCUGGUAUCCAACUGUUAAAUUUGUCAUCAUAACCUAGCCACUUAAUGAGAGCCAUCUUUUUACCCUUCACUGUUCUUCUCCUUAGCACUUUCUCUAUUCUGAAAUCAGGUUCUCUUCCUUCAGCGCUGUACAGUUCUUGUUCAUAGAAUCCGCCAAUUAUUGGUUCACCAGCACUGUCUUUUAUUGUGUACGUGUUUGGGUGUCCGUGAUACACUUCCGUCACAGUGAACAACUCCUCUGUGAAAUUGCUUCGUACCCUUUUGUGAACACUGAUUUGUACUUUAAGAUCCUAACACUUUCUCCCACAACAAACUUUGGUUCUGACGGCUUACCUAGAUCGUGACUAAAAACUGUCUUCCAUACGUCAGUCCAGUUGGACUCAUUGACACUAUCCGGUGUUGUUUUAAUUGAUCUGUUCACUGAACUGUUGUAAUUGUCAGUUAAGUCUUGAAGGACGUCUAACCAUCUGAAUGUGCUGGCACUGUAAAAGUACUUCCACAUUAGCGCUUUCAGUGUUCUGUUAAACCUUUCCACAACUGCGGCCUUUUUAUCUGAGUAAGUGGAGAAAAACUCAAUGUUAUUUUUGUUGAGCAAUGACUUUACAUCUUUGUUGUAAAACUCUGUCCCUUUGGAUAUUUCCCGAAGUGAUUCUUGAAUUGCUCUAAACAGUUACUGACAGCGUCCUUCAUUGUCGUCGCAUUUUUCCUGUACACUGGUACCGUGAACGCGUACCUACUUAGUAUUUCAAUGGAUGUGAGAAUCAAGCGGUAUCGCUUAUUCUUGUUGUCAUAUUUUGUCAUGUCAACUAAAUCCAUUUGUAACUGCUCACCUAAAGUUUGGACGUACGUCUGUCUGAACUUAUGUUUCCUUAACACUUGUCUGUACCUGGUGUAUAUGUCCUGCUCGUUUAUCCAUUUUUUAACCUGACUUCUGGUUACUUCAAGUCCGUCCGAUAUUGCUCUAAGAUAUAGUUUCUCUGGUGUUUGAAAUCCAGUCUUAGGAUUGUAGUAAAUAUCUCGUAGUCCCUGUUCUUUCUUAAUAUCGUCGUCCAUCAUAUAUUAACCAAUGUAAGCUCGCUACUCAAGGUACAUCUCGAUAAGCACUUCACCUAUAUCAAUAGGUUUCCCGUCUUGAUCCCUUACACGGGACAUCAGUUCUGUACAUGAACCCUUAACAAUUGAAGUCCUGCUUUCGGUGUCAAUGUAACUGACCACUGAGUCUAACAAUGGUCUGUCCGUCGGAACUGUGACACUUGUAAUCUCAUCUCUUGGCUUCCCCCAGUGAUUGAUGUUGUAGCUCUUACUUGCAAGGUUGCAAUGAACGUUUACAAACCGUAGGCCGUUGUUGAAGUCAACUUUGCUGUCACCUGUUAAACUUCUCCCUUUUAGUAAAAUCAUAGGUUUAGUAAAUCUUCUAAGUCCAAGCAUUUCCUGCAACUUUUUACUUAGUGUCACAUCAUGUUUUGUUGUCUCUAUCUGACACUUAGCUGUUUCCCUAAAGUAUGUUAACAUAACGCCAUGCCUCUCGAGUAAGGCUUUAAUAUUAUCAAAUGUAUAGUAUCCCCCGCCAAAGUUUACAUCACCAGUUGUCUUCACAGUGAGUAGUGUUGUUUGUUCUUUAAUAUUGAAAUACUCCCAGAAGACCGAUACUCUUUUCACAAAGACUGAAUUAUAGUUGCUUGUUAGGACUAAGUUCUGUAGUGGUAUUACCGUGUGGUAAGGUAUAUGUUGAUGCUACAAGUUCAUUUAAUACUACUGGUGGUGCAGGUGGAUUUCUUCUUCCAAGUGUAAAGAAUUCUGUUACCAUUGAUGAUGUCGACGUAAAGUUCGACUAUAAGAAGCCAUACUUUGCCGCUCUCUGCGGUGCAUACAUUGCAAAGCAUCUUAGUGGAAUUACCACCGAUCAUCUGACCUUCACAGGCAGAACGUACCCAGUUGUCACAAGUAUUAUGAAUUUUCAUGUUUACUACUGCAUUAUGAAAUAUGUGUAUAACCCUGAAAGGAUAAAACCGUAUUUGGACAAGCUGGGUCCUGUAAAAAGUCACAUUCCCACUGUCGGUAAGUGGGAAAAGAAAACUGACACUUAUAGGGUUACCUACGACAAGGGACUUGAGUAUGAAAGGUCGAGUUGGCUUAGGGGUAGAAAAAGUGGUAGUAAUCCCGUUAGGAACGUGGUGGCGUCUCCUAUCAAUUCAGUCAAUGGGUUCCUGGUGAAGAUAAAAAUUAGUUACGAGGAGAGGGUUUCGGCAAGAUUAGUAAGUAAGUCUGACUAUAAAAGGUUCAUUGCUGUUGAUCCCUUUGAUGUCCCGAAGAAUAUUACUGAGACUGGUGUCCUAUUACUGAAUGAGUCAGUGCAGGCAUUCGUGUAUUCUGUGUUGGGUGCACAAGCAUCGACUAGAACUCCAAUUGUCGGUGAGCUGGGAAAAUCGUAUUCUACCCAGGUAAAGUUUAGCAAUAUUGUUCACGAUUGUAUUGUACAGGCUGAUCCCGUUGUGACUUUAACAAAUAUGAGAAAGGCUAUUCCGGACACAAAUGUUAUUCUUAAUACCGCUAUAACACCUGGAAUAGUUUUGAUUCCAUCUAGUCUAAUAAUCCUGAAGAAUCAUGUUAUGGGAUAUAAUAAUGUGCUUGUGAAUGCUACCAGUAGUAUGAAACGUGGAGUUAACCUAAAGCUUAACUAUGUUGGUGUAAAGAAAACUGAUUCUCCAAAGAAACAGCAUCAGGAUACCACACCUGUUAAUCACCUUGACACUCUCGGUGGAAAUAUUACAUCCCUAGAAAUAAUAAACUAUUUGUGCGAAAUAAACCGGUUGGCUCUAGUGUUAGUGCUUUAGCUGGAAUUGGUAUUGGAUCCAUCACUAUGUUCCUCCUACUGAGAGUUAUUUUGUAAACAUUAUGUAUGGUAUAAAAAUGGCUCUCUACAGGGGAUAUAUUAAAGGAGCAAAUGAUGUUGAUCCAUCGGGUGGAAGUGUAUUUAAUAAGAAUGGAUUUACUAUGAAGGGUGAUAUUGAGAUGGAUGGAAAUGAGGUAAAAGGUCUGAGUGCACCAACAGACGACACAUCUGCGGUUACUAAGAAGUGGGUGGAUGACGAGAUCGUUAGACAGGCUGCUGUUACAAUGACAGGUGACAUCGAUAUGGGAGGUAAUAAGAUAACCAAUCUUGGUGAUCCAUCGAGUGCACUUUAGACAGCUGUUAACUAUGACUAUAGGUCACUACGCUAGACGUGACGGUACGUCUUACAUUACCGGUGACUUUAAUACGAGAGGUCAUCCGAUCAAAGUUGUUGGUGAUCCUACUGAUCCUGGUGAUCCUACUGAUCCUGGUGGGUUGAAGGUAGCCGUGGACAUACACAUUCUAGUCUACCUGGUCUUAUCCUCACAAAUGAUCUCAAUAUGUCAACCAAUGAGAUAAGGGCUUUGGGUGAUCCCACUACUGGAAAGUCUGCUGUUAGCAAGGACUGGGUCGUUGGAAUGCUAAACCGACCUGUCACUGGACUUAACAUUGCUGAUGACAUUGAUAUGAAGGACCAUGAGAUUAAAAAUGUGGCUGAUCCCUCUGAUGAUAAGUCUGCUGUUAGCAAGGGAUGGGUCAAUUCAAGAUCAUUCCUAGAGGAAAGUGGUUGGUUUCUGACUGGUGGUAUCCAUAUGAAUGGAAAUCCAAUUAUAGGUUUGGGUGAGCCGACACGUGAAACAUCUGCUGUAUCCAAAAUGUGGGUCAACAAUAUUGUUGGAGGUGGAUCGUUUUGCAGUUACGGUUUCACAAUGGCUGGAGACAUUGACAUGGGUGGAAAUGAAGUGACAAAGCUGGGUAUUCCUACUGAUGACACAUCUGCAGUGUCUAAAAAGUGGGUCACUGAUCAUGUUAGUGGAAGUUCAAUCAAUAGUAGCGGUUUUACGAUGACAGGUGAUAUUGACAUGGGAACUAAUAGAAUCAAGAGCCUUCCAAUAAAUCCGCAGGAGCUUGAUGCUGUAAAUAGAAAAUGGGUUGAAGCUAAGAUUGCCGGUAGACGUAGCAGGCGUGAAACUUACAGCGGAUUGACACUGAGUGAUGAUGACCUUGAUAUGGACGGUAAUGAGAUAAUUAAGUUGGGCACCCCCACAACGGAUAAGUCUGCUGUGUCUAAGAAGUGGGUUACUGAUCAUGUUAGUGGAAGUUCACUAAAUAGUAGCGGCUUCACUAUGACAGGCAAUAUUGACAUGGGAGGACACCGUAUAACAGGACUUGCUAAUGGUUCUGGGGAGACACAGCUGCACUGUCAAAAUAGACUCUUGGGGGUUACAAUUUGUGAAGCGUAAUGGUGGUACACUAGCAAGUAACCUUGAUGCUAACGAUUUUGAGAUAACUAGGGUGGGUAACUCGACAACUGACGGUUCUGCUGUUUCCAAGAAGUGGGUCGGUGAUAGGUACCUACAGAAGACAGGUGAAUUGGUUGAAGGAGACUUGGAUAUGGGUGAUUCCAGUAAUAUUACUAAUUUACGUGAUCCAACGAACGCAAAGGAUGCUGUGAACAAGCAAUGGAUGGAAAAUAAUUUCCUAAAACCUUCCUCGUGUCUUGUCCAAGCGACAGCUGAUAAUAGAUAUGUUAGGAAAAUUCAUCACAUUUAUUCCCAGUGCACGUGGAUCUGGGGAUAUCGCGGAGUAUCAGUUGCAGCUGCAAGGUACUAUGCUUACUGUCAAGAUCAGAUUCCACUUUCAUGGAGAACAGACACUAUUAACAAUCUAACGAACAUCAACCUUGAGUCAAUUACUAUUAAAUCAGAUUCGCCACUUCUUUCGAUCGUUACUGGAGUACCCCUAGAACUCAUCCUGUGGGCUACUGUAUGCGAAAGCAGUCUAAUGGAAAAUUUACACAAGCUAAAAAGGAAAUCAUCCUCGGCACAAUCGACUUGAGUAAGCUAUCACACACUUAUUUCAACGGAACUUACUUAAGUAAUGGUGGAAGUACAGCUUGCUACGUCUUCAAGGGUAAUAGUGAGUAUUACCUAGGAAACCAAGCUGAGUUGGUAGAUAACACGCUAGCCUGGUGUGUCAUCGUCAAACCGGAACACUCAAUGCCUACUGGUAUGAGUAUGGACAUGUCUUUUUGUUGGUCACUGUUGUAUUCAGGGUCAAGCGGUGGAUAACAUAUCUAAUAUCAUACAGAAAAUGUUGUGCUUAGGUUGUGUUAGUAAAGUCAAUUCUGAAAACGAUGAAUAUCAGUCAUGUUUCCAGUCUCUAGGUAACAUCUGUAAAUGUCCUAAAAGGGUAAGCCUACCACCUAAAAAAAGUAGUGAUAAAGGUGGGAUCAACUUCUCUGUAUCCAACGAAUUAAGGUUGAGGUGACUACACAGGGUAAAAAGGAUGAUGUCAACGAUGUAAGUAGACAGCAAAGGCAUACCCCCUUAUCUACCCACAGUGGUAAGUUGAAAGUUGGCGAAGAGGGUCUAGAAUAGGGAAAUUGGACGAUAUACAAUAGCUAAUAUGAGGCUAACAUGGGAGCAGCGUGACCGCUAAAGCGAUCCCACUGCUCCAGAAUAAGUCUAGGAAUGGAUCUAGAACAGCCGUUUCAGUAGACUUAUAACAAAAAAAAAUUGGUACAUCAAAUUAGCGUUGGAACUACUGAUUCGAGAUCACUAUAUAUAUAUAUAUAUAUAUAUAUAUAUAUAUAUAUAUAUAUAUAUAUAUAUAUAUAUAUAUAUAUAUAUAUAUAUAUACACUCAGUGCAAUUAAGUCCUGGCUACAGAUAUUAAUUUUACCCUCAGCAGCUUGAAUUUGAAAAUUGCGUGAAUUGUGCGAGAAUUUUGCGUGGCAUUAACAACAGUUGUUUUAAAAGAUCAAAUAAACCAAAAUAAACCAGAAAAAUAUAACUGUUUUCACUUUAAACCAUGCUCUAGCGAAAACUUAAAAGUUAUUUAGCCUAUAGCUGAAUUUCACAUAACAUUUAAAAUAAUUUUUGCAGAAAUAUUAGAACAAUCUAGUGAUUUACAGGUUCACUUAUGUAUGAAGCUAGUGUUAUUGUUUUUCUGCACGAAUAAAAUACCAAAAGUUCAACAAUACGUAUGUUUUAAAGUUUAUAAACAAAUCUAAAUGCAAAAAAGUUUUUAAGACCAGGUAAAAAUUAUUAAUUUUUGUCGUUUUCGAUAGACUUUUUCGCUUGUAUGUAUGCCUGUUUACAUGGCAACAAGAAUAUUUGAAAUUCAAAAUGGCGGAAUUUAUAAUUACAAAAAUAUUAUAGAAAAUCGUCUGUCCUAGGGAAUUUUUUCCUCUCUACGGUAUUUUUUCAAUGGGAAAUGUUCAUGUAGUAAAUUUUUCCUCCUAGACACUUGAAAACUUUCGUUAUAUUAUCUAAUAAACUAGAAAAAAACAUUUUUCGUGCUGCCGAAAUCUGUCAAAGAUAAUAAAAACAAGCUUGGGAGACUACCUUUAGUCAAAUAUUUGUUCUUAAUGACAAUCAAAAUGAAUUCAUUUUAUGCCAAGUAAUAAAGAUCUAACUGGAAUGGUUGUUUUGAGAACAAAUAACACAUAUAAAAAUUAAAAUAAAAUAAAAAAUACAUCAAUUUUGAAAACAAUUCCUUCUUGGCUCUAAGGUAUUGAUUUGAGACACCCAUUCCAGUUAGAUCCAAUAACUUCAACAUAAGUGCUCUCUAGUUCUUACAUUCUGGCAUUGCUCCCAGACCCAUCUCCCAAAUCCGCAAAGAUGGGUGACAUAAUAUAACAAACUUUGUAGUCACUUGCCUAUUUCCAUGGCAACAAAAUAUUGGAAUAUGUUAACACUGGGUAGUUCAAGCAUUGUGCCCAGUUUGGUGAAGAUUGAUCAAACAAGUUUGUAGUAACUGUUGUUUAUGUUAUAUUUUCGAGCUGGAGCCAGGACUUAAGUGCACUGAGUAUAUAUAUAUAUAUAUAUAUAUAUAUAUAUAUAUAUAUAUAUAUAUAUAUAUAUAUAUAUAUAUAUAUAUAUAUAUAUAUAUAUAUAUAUUGCUUUACCUCAAAAAAAACCACAACAGUCACGAAACAGCCUGUCUACAACCUCGAUUACAAAAACCUGUUUAUCCUCUAUCAGGGUAAGAAUUUAUUUAAAAAAUAGUCAUAUAUACAUAUAUAGUUGAUAUAGGCUGGUGAGUUAGGCCGUGAACGACAUAAGCAUUGGCAUUUUGUAGGGAUCGGAAGAAUAUACAACUACUGAUGCUAUUCCUACUCUCAAGAAGCGGAACUUUUUUCACCUAUUUAUUGGUCCAGCUAAACCAAAGACUACAAAAGCUGUAUACGAGGCUUUUUCUUCAAAUAAUAUUGUACAGGUAAACGUUAAUAUUUAUUUAGAUUAAUUAAAAUGGCGAGGCUUUCCCAAGGAAGGUAGCCGGGCCGUUCUAUCUCUUUGAUAAUCUCUAGAGCUGUUGAAAUGAAAAGGUGAAAAAUAAGCUAAAAAGAUAGGAUGGGAGGGAACGAUAUCUGGUAUAUAUAUAACUAAGUGUUUUUUCGAUGUCGAAAUUAUUCUUAAAGCCCCGUUUACGCGAGCAAAUUUUAUUCGACAAAUUUCAUAUGUCAAAGAUAUUUUGCUCGUAUGGAUGAUAAAUUUAUGACAAAGUUAUUGUGACCACAGUUAAUAGAAGUAGGCUGGUUAGGCUAGACAAUGACGUCACAAAAUGUUAUUGUUCACUUUUUAUUUUGGUCAUUUGGCCAAUAUCGUGCAUCGGUGCUGAAGCGCAUAUUACAUAUGACAAUAUAAUCAUGGUACUCGCAGACUCGAAGGCUGUUUUUUCGCAGAUAAUCUCGUUUUCCAAGCUGUCAAUCACUCGAUCAACACAGGGUUAUGUAAUGCUUGGCUCAAACUGCGUUUUUAAGGGUGUUCGACAAGUAGAAAGUAUAAACUUUCGUUAUUUCGAAUCGCUAUCUUUCGCCUCCUCAGACAGUGACUAUGCGAAAUCUUUGAAGCAAAAUGCGCGAGCAGAAUGGCUUCUCGUUAUUAUUAACACAGUUAAGAACGAGAGAAUCGACGCCUGAGUUACAGAAAAGGAUUGACGCUAACAAUAUUUAUAUUUGUGAGCUUCAUUUUAAGCAAGAAUAUAUUUUAACCGGUGCGUAUUUUCUGUGCAUGAAACGAAUACAUAUCCGGCUUACAAAUGUCUGUAAUUAUAUUCAUGAACAUACAAAGAGCGUGUUUUGCUCAUUAUUAAUAUUUUUGAAUAAAUAAAAAUUUACAUUUUUCAGGAGUAGGAAAAAGUUAACGUUGGUUACUGGCAGCGUUCCCAUCGAAAGACUGCCGGAAAGAAGCUAUGAAAUUAUCCAAACGCGAACGCCGAAAACUCGUGCGAAAUGAGCUUGAAAUGAGUAUUUUUUAUUCGAUUGCAUGAAUGUGCUCAGUGUAUGGGCAGACAAUAUAUUGCUUUGGCUGGAUAUACAAAAUAUCUGUACUUAUACCUGUCAUAUAUAUAAUUUUCAGCCAUAUACUGUAGAUAUUAGGGUUACAAUACUAUAUAUGACGAACAUUGAUGCGGUCAAAGAUAUUUCAAAUGUUCUUUCUUUGAUAUACAUGUGACAUAGCAUAUCUGCAUGAUCUAACGUUUAUAAACUGAGACAACAAGACUGCGUGCAGGCAAAAAAAUUCUUGAUCUAAUUGUACACUGUCAGGUCGAUUCAGAUAGAAUUGUGAUAUAUUGCAAAGGUUUCAAAGGUUUAUUACAUGUCAAUUAUUGAUAUGUCUAAAAAAGAAUGAACAGAUUGAACAGUUAUUUACAUUACAGGGUUAUAUAUCAUCACAGUGAUAUCAUAAGUUGAAACAUUUACAUAUAUAGGCAAUAACCCGUCAAAAUCUUCUAACAUUCUGACCUGUUUUUGCAUGAGGAAAGACUUGUUCUUAUUUGACGUGACGUUUUGAGAGCAGAAUUUAUGUCAGGUCCGAAUAAGUGUUCCUUUAUUAGCUUUGUUUUAAUGUAUUCGACAAUAAGAAGCUAGAUUCUCUUUCAAAAGACGCGUUUCCUGUUCGGCAGAUUUUGUUGUUCUCGAAGGUAUUAAAUCAGCAGCAUCACGAUGCUGUGUGUUUGUGUGUUUCGUCAAGCUAGCCUCCUGUGUUUACUUGCAGAUUUUCGUGUAUUGGGGGCAGUGUAACAAUCUGUUACCCUCAUUUUCGCUUAUAGCCUCGACAAAUUCAGCGUCGUCUUCGUCGCUUUCCGUAUCAACAACAUUCCGUAUCCACAACAUUGAUUAUAUUGUGAUUAUAUAUAGUCGAUUGAAUCACUUGGCGUUUCGAAAUCCACGUCUUCAACAACAAUUUCUGGCUCGCAAAACUCCACAUCUCCCUCGUUAGCCAGGUCAUAGUCUUGUUCAUGUUCCAUGGCCAGAAAUCACAGACAGUCAGCGGGUUUAAUUGUGGGAGCAGAAACUGUUCCCACGCGCGCGCGUGACAUACGCGCGACUUCAAAUCUACUAUAAGCAAAUUUUAUAAAUACAUUCGACAAUGUCUUUUUACAAAGAGUUAAAUAUAAAUUUUAUCCAGGGAUAGAUGAUUAUAUAAGUGAAAGACUGUAGGAAUGAAAUUCUUAAAACUAAAACUAUAACGAAGAUAAUACAACAUUCUAAACUUUAGAACACCGAACAAAUUUGAAUAUAUUUGCAUUUCCCGCAAUUUCUUUUGUUUUGGAGCCUCUUUCCCUCGCAUUUGCUAGUCAGCGGUUGGCUUUUAAAAUGAAUAUAAAAUGGCGAAGCAAUAAGGCAUUUUCUGCGUUGUAUUUGGCAACAUUUUGAAGUUUUUUCUACCCUAAACCGCUCGCAAUGGCCGGAAUUUCUGGUUUUAUUUUGCCUCAAAACAGACAAUUUGAAAGUGUUGGGGCCGCUUAGCUAAAAUCUCUGGUGUUUUAAAACUUAUACGCAAUGGCUGAUCGAACAUCGUACAAGAAAUGUAGACUGUGUGGAAGUUGUCGGCAAAAGUUUUUGACAGGGCUAUAAUGGACUAAAUGUGAGCGAGUAGGGAGGAUUCGCUGAAUUUAAUAGAAGCUUAUAAUGUGUGGAAAUGUUUUGAAUCGACCUUACUCGGGCCGGCUGUAAUGGCAAAUCGUGAGACGUCAAAACCCUCGAGAGCUUUAUUUUAGGUAGGUAAUAGUAUUUGUAGACGUGUGGAACAUGCAAAUCAUUCUAUAUUUCAUUGUGCGCAUCGAUUUUAUAUUUUCUGUAAUAGAAUACCGUAUAAUAUCCGCCAUCUUGGUUUCGUAAAAUAAGUUCGUUGUGCGCAUACGAAAUCGAAUUAGCCCCCAUUUUGUCCGUGAUUUCAGGCCAUGUUUCAUUCUCCACAAUGUUUUCGUGGCAUUAGUGAGCCACAAAUCAGGAAAUUAUAUAGGAUUUCAUACAGCGAUAUUGUAAUUUGACAUUGUAAUUUAUAGUAUCGCCAUUUGAACGAUGCACUAUAUUGGUCAAGUGACCAUAAUUUUGGCUGUGGAUCGACAUCAUUUUCCGCUCCCUUUGAAGUUUGCCGGCUAGCCUAACCAGCCUGCUUCUAUUAACUGUGUUGUGACAAAUGCACUUUUCAACAAAAGCGAGCAUUCUAGCUUUUGAUCAAAUGAAAUUUGUCAAAUAAAAUUUGCUCGUGUAUUAAGCUCUGCCGGGAUUAAGAAUUACUCGGCAUUCAAAACAUGCUGUUCUAAGAACCGAAUUGAGAAACACAAUUUCUACAGAAGAUAAUGCUUGUGUACGCCUAGAGUAUUCUCGCGCUCUUGGGUGUUCUGCUUGAAUGUUAUGCAUGUUUGUUUCACGUCACCUCGCCUCAACAGCCUCGUUACACCAUAGUAUCACUACAUAAAUGUGCGAUAACCUCAGAACGGAAGAUGGAAGAUGUGACUAAAACAGACUAAAUCACCGUACGAGGGGAAAAAGGUGAAAGAAAAUAUCCAAGUUGAUAAUUUAAAGGAGUACAGGAUUGAGAUUAUAUAGAUUUUAAAAGCAAUAGAUCAUCCUGAAGAACUUAAAAACUCGGAGCGCAGAUAGAAAUAAAAAAGUGCGCACAAAAGCAGUGAAGCAAUAUUCAGCGACAGAACGAGUAUUGAGAAAGAAAGAGUUAUUUGAAAAUGAACUUUCCGAAUGUGCAUAAAAAACGUUUGGCUUUGAUUAGUAAUUUUGUAGAAGGAAUCUGUGCCCAAAGCUGGAUUAAAUAUAUGUUUAGCUAUCCUUGGCCAUCCCAGAUCUCCUAUGGACCCAGCAGUGUGGAAUUUCAAUCUUCGAAAUAUUCUGGAUUGUUCACAAAUGUUCCAUCAACUCAUGCGUUCAACAAAGUCAGGCUCUCUUUAAUACAAUAUUUUGGUUGGAAGAGGAUCGCCAUCCUGCACGAAUAUAAUAACUGGUAUUUCAUUCAGG